AUGGAGUUAUCUUUAGUGGCUCAAUUUGAUGAGCUUCGGCGUUCGUACGAUGUGUUACGUGAUGGUGCGGCCGAGGUGGAAUUUCUGCGGUUCGUUCAGCUGCAGGACGAAUGCCGCAUGCAAUGGCUGAAAUCGGUGGACGAAGCCAAGCGCUUGCAGCGGGAGUUGGAUAACUCGCUGCGCAGCAUUACGAAUCUCGAAUCGAAGCUGUUCCACGCUCGCAAGCUUCUGGAAACCGAGACAAAGGCGCGCCGACAUGCCGAGCAUGAACGCGACGCGAUGGAACGCAAAAUGAUGGCCGUAUGUGAGAUUGUGCGCAACGAACAGACGCUGCGGGAUGAGACGCGUGAGCAGCUGGCUGUGUACACAACGGAGCCCCGCCGGAAGUCCCGACAUGGCCACGGUGGUGACCCAGACCGUGAGAUGACCGGUGGGAUGGACAAUGACAUCAAUUCGACGGGAUCGUUCUUGGUGGACCUUUCGCUUACCCAAUCGGAAGAUGAUUUUCUCGAACCGCUUAAGACGCAGGCCAAACGAAUGUCCUGGAAAAAACAUCGACCAUCAUAUAAUAAUAACGUUAGCUUUAAGGUACCCACGGAGCCAAUGAAACGCACUAUGGAAAUUAACUCUACCUCAACGGCAAUGGAACCACGCUCGGAGGGAGAAAUUAUUGCUCACGCUAAGGUUACCGUUCCAACGGGGCCCGACGGUGGGCCUAUUUUAGCAGAAUCCACGUUCCGUACCAUGGCCCCACAAAAAUUACCCACAGCCGUUUCGAGCUGUGCAUCAUCUAACUCGACAGCGGCGACCAUCGUCAAUACACCGAAAGCGAAGGCACCCGAAAAACAGGAAAUGAAGAAGACGAUCAUCCAGCGUCAACAUGAUCUGGUAGGAAAGACGUUCAUCAGCUCGGACACCUGCAAUCAGUGCCAGGAGCGGAUUCGGUUCGGCAACAGUGGCUUGCGCUGCCGUGAAUGUAAAGCCGUGUUUCACGGAUACUGCCGCGAGAAAAUAUCCUUACCAUGCGUACCGCAAUCGCAAACGAAGAAUGGCCGGCGCGGUACAGCCAAUACGGGUGCUCAUAACGGUGGACCGCAAACACCGCAGACUGCUGGUGCCUUAAACUCACUCGAGGACUACUGUCCCUCUUCAAGUCCUCGCAUUCCUGCACUGAUCGUGCACUGCGUGAGUGAAAUCGAAAACCGUGGCCUAUCAGAAGUCGGCCUAUAUCGGCUGUCCGGUUCUGAACGGGAGGUCCGAGCGCUGAAGGAAAAAUUCCUCCGCAGCAAAACUAUCCCCGCGCUCGGUCAGCUCGAUGUGAAUGUGUUAUGCAGUUGCAUCAAAGACUUCUUGCGAACACUCCGUGAACCACUCAUCCCAACUGCGCUUCUGUCGGACUUUGCGAACGCCGUCUCCGGAACAUCAAGUCCGAACGGAAGCGCUCAAAUGCGCGACCAGCUGUGCCAGCUUAUCGAGCGCCUUCCGGUCCCGAAUCGUGACACGUUGGCCUUCCUGGUGCUGCACUUCCAGCGAGUCGCACAGUCCGAACCAGCCAAGAUGCCGAUCGACAAUUUGGCGCGAGUUUUUGCGCCGACGAUUGUCGGCUACUCCCGCCCUGAUCUCGACAUGAACGAGAUGUGCGCGGAAACGUACGUACAGUUUAGCAUCGUGCAGGCCGUACUGCAAAUUGCCACCGACUAUUGGAGCCAAUUCAUCAUGCUACAAUCAGAUUAUGGUUAUGACCAACGUGACGCACACCACGGGAAGCUGGGGGCAACAACUAUGCCGAAACAUGGUUUCGAUGAGCAUGCGGCAGCAUCAUUACUCGAGAAACAGCGGCGUUUCGAAACACCUAUUCUGUUACGCCGCCCUCGGAAGGACAGGAAAUAUUACGCUACGCCCCCGUACAAGACGUCGAAAGAUUAA